UACUUCAAAUCAUGAAGAAAAAACUUCGGUCCAAAACGGUCAACUUUCAAAAAUGAAUUUACGAUUUAUAUGUAACAAACAAACUUCGAACUAUUAUCAACAAAAAUUGGUACCAUACUCAUAUAUUAACAUUUUAGAAGAUAAUCAAAAUCAAACAAUUAGAAAUUAUACGCUAAAUAAAUUAGGAAAGCAUAAAUUUGAUGAAAAUAAUUUUACUGACGAUGUAGAUGCUCGUAAUAAAAAACUGAAACAUAAUGAAAAUUUACAGCAAGGUAUG